AAGAAAGCAAAGGGGCGGAGAGGGGACUGAGCGCAGCUACAUUCCUGACAGAGAGAGGGGUCGCGAGCGAGUCGCUUUAUGAUUAUUACAAAAAUCCGCUGUCACUCUCUCGCAGUUCUGCUCAUGUGCGCGUAGCGAGCAGCGCAAGUCUUCACGUGCUCGUUGAGGCAGUGCUGCUUCCUUCCAAGUUUUGGACACACUACUGAAACAUCCGGAGUUUGCUCGUCGCUUUUACUGGGAGUAGUCAAUCUGUCUACCCAGGAGCAAGUUCCGCAGCGAACAUGUACAAAUAUGUACAGUAUGGAUUUUAGGAGGACGAAGCUCGGCAGGUUUAUGAACAACCGAGUCCCAUCUAGCAAGAGAUACCAGCCAACUGAGUAUGAGCAUGCAGCCAACUGUGCCACUCAUGGAUUCUGGAUCAUUCCCAGUAUCCUGGGGAGCUCAGUGUUGUACUUCCUCUCUGAUGACCAGUGGGAGACCAUCUCUGCAUGGAUGUAUGGGACAGGUCUGUCUGGGCUGUUCAUCAUGUCCACCAUGUUCCAUACGGUGUCCUGGAAGAAAAGCCAUCUCAGGAAGGUGGAGCAGCGAUUCCACAUGUGCGACAGGAUGGUGAUAUAUUUCUUUAUAGCUGCAUCUUAUGCACCCUGGCUGAACCUGAGGGAACUAGGACCCUGGGCUGUGCAUAUGCGCUGGUUGGUGUGGAUCAUGGCUUGCGCUGGCUCUGCCUAUGUCUUCUUCUUUCAUGAGAAGAACAAGAUACUAGACUUACUGUGCUACACUGCCAUGGGAGCUGUUCCUGCAGUUGUUCUUCUGUCAAUGCCUAACAGAGAGGGCAUAUUAGAGCUGUCAGUGGGUGGAGUCUUCUACUGCCUGGGAAUUGUCUUCUUCAAGAGUGAUGGCCUCAUCCCAUUCGCUCAUGCCAUCUGGCACGUCUUUGUGGCAGUGGGGGCAGGCAUACACUAUUACGCCAUCUGGAGGUACUUGUAUGCAACGGGGACUGGCCAAAUCAAAAUAUCCAGGUGACAGAUGAAGAAGAUCUCAAGUGUGUUCACACAUACAGGGUUUGUUGAGCUAUAAAAGACAAUGUAUUUGAUCCUGAGCUGCCUUUGCAUCCCUCUAUAUUAAUCAUAGACGGGUAUGUUUUAGUACUGUUGGUCUAAAAUGUAUUUUUAUAUAGAAGGAUUUCUGUCCUGAUAACUCAGCACCUUCUGGCCAGUCUAUUUUUGCAGAUAUAGUCUUAACCUGUUGACAUAAUGUACUGUUUCACCUGUCAGUGUUUACAGGCCAAAUGUGUAUAAUACAGAAGACAUGAAUAACAUUCCACAUCCUUUAACUGAGCUAUCUACUGCCUUGAUACGAACUCCCAUAAUCAGACUGUGCUUAUGAAAGUAAUUUAUUGACAUUUAUUGGCAUUGAGCAGAAUAAUUAUUUCCAGGUAUAGUAUUUCUAUACUACUGUGAUCUUGUAGUAAUGUAUAUGUACAAAAAUGUUAGAAAUGACUUUUUAAUUGUUGCACAAUGGAUCAUGAUGGAUCAUUUCUAUGGUGUUGUGAUAAUGUUUAGGUGGAAAGCUAGAGGGGAUGACAUGAUUUACACUACCAGUCAAAUCUUUGGAAUAAUUACUUUGUUUUCGAAAGAGGUCUCUUAUGUAGUAAAAUCUGUAUUAUUAUGAAG